GUGUUCCGCUUUUCUCCAGCGGUGGGAGAAUUAGUACACAGUAUAAUAAAGUUGAUUUAGUUUAUUGCAAAACUAAUAAUCCUUGAUUCUUUUCAGGCUAUCAGCGCGAGUUGUCCUACCAGCAUUCUGAUGGUUCGUACAGUGCAUUUGGUGAACGUUAUGGAAAGAAAUCGGGCAGUCUGUGGUAGGUUUAUGAUAGAACAAUCAGGUUCAGUACAUGUGUAAUCUCUUGGGUCAUCUCUUAUUGGUCCAGUGUUACCACAGGAGGAAACGUAAACUUAACUAACUUUAUUUAUACUAGAUAGCUCUAUCAGUUCUAAACUGUUCUUCCUAGAGGUCCAGUAAGGAUCGUCUCUUAUUGAUCUAGUGUUACUACAGGAGGAAACCUAAACUAAACUAACUUUAUUUAUACUGGAUAGCUCUAUCAGUUCUAAACUGUUCUUCCUAGAGGUCCAGUAAGGAUCAUCUCUUAUUGAUCCAGUGUUACUACAGGAGGAAACACAAACUAAACUAACUUUAUUUAUACUGGAUAGCUCUAUCAGUUCUAAACUGUUCUUCCUAGAGGUCCAGUAAGGAUCGUCUCUUAUUGAUCUAGUGUUACUACAGGAGGAAACCUAAACUAAACUAACUUUAUUUAUACUGGAUAGCUCUAUCAGUUCUAAACUGUUCUCCCUUGAGGUUCAGUAAGGAUCAUCUCUUAUUGAUCCAGUGUUACUACAGCAGGAAACCUAAACUAAACUAACUUUAUUUAUACUCAAUAGCUCUAUCAGUUCUAAACUGUUCUUCUUAGAAAUCCAGUAAGUGAUUUCUCGAUGUUAUAUAUUUCAGGUUAACAGCAUUUGUGGUGAAAUCAUUUUCCCGCGCGAAGUCGUAUAUUUAUAUUGACCCAGCUUCCUUAGGCAGGAGCAUGCGUUCUAUUUUGUCGACUCAGCAGAACGAUGGAUCAUUUGCUGAGAGUGGACACGUCAGUAGCUAUUUACAGGUAUGAGUUGAGAUAGUUCAUUAUUCAAUACACCCUUUCUGAUCGUAUUUAGCCUUGACCAUAGACCAAGUCCUUUAUCUCGAUACUGAUGAGCUGACUACACACGUAAAAAUCUCACAACUUGUCAACAAGAUGUGUUCGUAACAGGCAUGUUGCAAGCUUCUCAACAAGUUGUAACAAUGAUGUUAUUUUAUCAAGUUGCUACAAGGUUGUCACUCACAACUUGUUGACAACUUGUUGAAUUGCAGGACGGUUGUUGGAACAACUUGUAAAAAGUCUGUUGAGCUCAACAAUCUUGCAGCAAGUUGUCGACAAGCUGUUGACAACUUGUCAACAAGCUGGGAACAAGCAGUGCGAACACAUCUUGUUGACAAGUUGUUGGAACAGCAUUGCUACAAGUCUGCUGCAGGUUUGUUACAACUUGUGCGUUUUAAGUGUGUAUACAGAUGUCUUCUAUGCUCAUUGAUAUAUACUUAUGCUUUAUGCUUUCGUAAAUGUCUCACCGUAACGAGAUAAAGGCAAGCAGCCCUGCGUGGAUAUACUCGACAGCGUUAGAAAAUGGUGUGUCACAUCUAUUAUUCUUUCAGGGUGGUUUAAAAUCGUCUUCUCCAGAGGCCUUAACCGCGUAUGUUCUUGUGUCGCUUUUGGAGUCUGGUGACCAAAGUGAUGUAAGUAUAGUCGACAUAAAAUGGAACCAAUUGUGGACCCAGAGCCAUAAAAUAUUUGGCUACGAGAUUCAAUAUCUGUAUUAAUUUUAAUUGUUCUCCCUAGAGAUCCAGCAACUAUCGUGCCUUAUUAUUGUACGCUGUUUCUACAGGGAAAAACUUAAACUAAACUAAUUUUAUUUAUACUGGAAGCUCUAUCAGUUCUAAAUUGUUCUCCCUAGAGGUCCAGUAAGGAUCAUCUCUUAUUGAUGCAGUGUUACUACAGGAGGAAUCCUAAACUAAACUAACUUUAUUUAUACUGAAUAGCUCUAUCAGUUCUAAACUGUUCUUCCUAGAGAUCCAGUAAGGAUCAUCUCUUAUUGAUCCAGUGUUACUACAGGAGGAAACCUAAACUAAACUAACUUUAUUUAUACUGGAUAGCUCUAUCAGUUCUAAACUGUUCUUCCUAGAGGCCCAGGCGAGUAUCAUCUCUUAUUGAUCCAGUGUUACUACAGGAGAAAACCUAAACUAAACUAACUUUAUUUAUACUGGAUAGCUCUAUCAGUUCUAAAUUGUUCUUCCCAGAGGUUCAGUAAGGAUAAUCUCUUAUUGAUCCAGUGUUACUACAGGAGGAAUCCUAAACUAAACUAACUUUAUUUAUACUGGACAGCUCUAUCAGUUCUAAACUGUUCUUCCUAGAGGCCCAGCGAGGGUCAUCUUUUAUUGAUCCAGUGUUACUACAAGGGGGAACCUAAAAUACUGUUUUUCGUGGAGUCAAACUGAAAGCACUAUUUUCGCAUGUGAAUUCUCGAGGUGACAUUAUAAUCUUACAACUGCAUAUUUCAGGAAUCGAACACAAACAACGUCCACUAACACCUUGUUUUCUUGCUCAGGGCGUGAAACGAGGGAUCUCACAGGCUGUACAAUUCCUCAAGGGAAAACUGAGAGGAAUGAGCGAUACCUACACUUUGGCAUUGGUUGCUUACGCCUUUGAAGUUGCUGCUGACCCAGCCAAGGAAACUGCCUUGACUGAACUGAUGAAGAAAGCCAUCAGAGAAGGUGAAACUAGUCAGACUAACUUUAUUUAUACUGGAUAGCUCUAUCAGUUUUGAACUGUCCAGUGUUACUACAGGGAUAGCCCUUUCAGUUCUAAACUGUUCUUCCUAUAGGUUCUUGUAGGAUCAUCUCUUUAUGCUGAUCCAGUGUUACUACAGGAGGAAACCUAAACUAAACUAACUUUAUUUAUACUAGAUAGAUCUAUGAGUUCUAAUCUGUUCUUCCUAGAGGUCCAGUAAUGAUCAUCUCUUAUUGAUCCAGUGUUACUGCAGGAGGAAACCUAAACUAAACUAACUUUAUUUAUACUGGAUAGCUCUAUCAGUUCUAAAAUGUUCUCCCUAGAGGUCCAGUAAUAAUCAUCUCUUAUUGAUCCAGUGUUACUACAGGAGGAAACCUAAACUAAACUAACUUUAUUUAUACUGAAUAGCUCUAUCAGUUCUAAACUGUUCUUCCUAGAGAUCCAGUAAGGAUCAUCUCCUAUUGAUCCAGUGUUACUACAGGAGGAAACCUAAACUAAACUAACUUUAUUUAUACUGGACAGCUCUGCCAGUUCUGAAGUCUUCCCCCUAUUAUUGUUAAAUAUGCAUGCAAUUAUUUCAAGACUUUGAUUUUAUUAAAUGUUAUUAAUUCUGAAACGUUGCUUAAUAUAUUCGAUUUUAGAUGGCACGCUACAUUGGGAAGAGGCCAGCUCAGGCAAAACUGAGUCGAGUCCUUGGCUUCGUCCUUAUUACAGACCUCGUUCAGCUGACAUCGAAAUAACAUCUUACAUCUUGCUGGCCUAUACUCACAGAAAAGAUCUUCAGAUUGGGUUACCUAUAGCGCAAUGGUUGGCCCAGCAACGGAAUUCGAUUGGCGGAUAUUCAUCCACUCAGGUGUGUCGGGGGGAAUACUGAUCUACAUGCAUUUUACUGAACUGUUUGUGUUUGUGUUUGCAUGUUGCCGUAUGGACAAUGUACAAGAAUUUUAGUCAAAGCAUUUAGACCAAGAUAUGAUGAUCUGGAAGCUAAACGAAGUCAUUGUGUUAUGUUUUUAUCUGAGUUUAUGUUAAUUUGUGCACGGUCACGGUGAUUGAGCUCAUUGUAUUUUCGUAUAAUGAAGUAAUCGUCCAAUAGGGAUAGCUGAGAUGAAACGUGCAACCACGAUGAAUAAUGGGCCCCCCAAUAAUAUUUAAAGGCAUAUGGCAAUAAAAAUUAACUUUGUAUUAUUUGAAAGAACUUUUAAAGUUAUAUAUGAAGACCCUUUACAACGUUUUCGUACCUUGCUUGGUUUUUGAAAUAUUUUGACCAAAAACAGUGUACAGCCCGCCAUCUUAAUUGGUAUUAUAAUUGACCUAAUUAACUGAGUUUUUGAUGACUUACAAGCAGGGUAAACUUGUUAAAAUUUCUUCAUGUGGGACUAAAUUUCUUCGAAAAGUUUCUUAAAAUGUUGUGAGUUAAUUGAGUACUAAAAGGCUUCGGAAAAUCGAGUUUCAAACUGUUAAUGACAUGUGGUUUGCACGAUCAAAAUUUCGCUUUUUACCCUACUUGUGACGUAUGCAUAUCGAAUGCAUAUCCAAGAUGGCGGAAUGCACGCUGCUUUUGAUCAAAAUAAGUCGAUUUAUUUUGAAAACCAAGCAAGGUACGGAAUAAUUGUAAAGGAAGUUUAUAAAUUAUUUUAAAUGCUCUUUCAAAUAAACAAACUUAAUUUAAAUUGCCUUAUCCUGUUAACGAAGUUGAGACAAAGGAUUUGUGCACAGUGAGGUCCAGUUCAACAUCAAACAAAGCUCUUCUGUUUUGUAAGCUUUGCCGAGCUUCCAGACCGUCGUAUCUUCACAGGCUAUGCAGCAUGCGUGUGCUAGGCCACAUAAAAUAAAUUCCUUGAUUCUCAUCACCGCCCGACUGUAUUGUAAGAGCCGCGUGAAUUUUUUUUAUAUUUUGUUAUACAAUAUAAAUGUACCGCCCGACAAAAUAUUUCAAGACAGUUAAGUUUUUUAUAUUUUAUGUUGGGUUUUUAGUGCCAUUUUAAACUGCCAAUUUCAAACAAAUAGAACCUUGAAAGAAAUUUCAUUGCAUUUUAACGGAACUUCGCAUUCAGUUCAAGGGCCAGUGAUUGCUCGUGGAGAAAUAUGUUUAUUUCAGUUUGUGACACUUUUAUUUAUUGAUAUGUAUUAAAUUAUAUAAAAUAUAAACCUCCCGCCUCUUCGACAUUUUCAAAGUGUAGUGAUGAGAAUCAAGAAAUUUAUUUUAUGUGGCCUUAGAAAUGUGACGUUGUUUUCCUCAAGUAAACAGCGACUACUAAUACAGUACUGUCUUUCAACAGGAUACCGUGAUUGGUCUCCAGGCCCUAUCAGAGUUCGCGCCUCUGGUGUUCUCGUCUGACGUCAGCUUUACAGUGAAUGUGAAAUUGUCGACGGAAGUCAGUUACGACAAGACGUUCCAAGUGACUAAAGAUAAUCUCGUUGUUUUACAAGAGGAAGAGGUACGCCCCAAAACUAUGUAGAAAUGUAAAAUUCAAAGACACAAGUACUAUUCACAAGAUGAGCUCGCUUUCGCGGCUCGAGUUUGUAUAUCCGAUACAAACGGACGCGAAUAUUGUAAAUGGCUUGUGGAUCAUCUUGAUGAGAACAUUCGUAUUUUUCAAUGAAUGAUAUUUGGUGAGAAAAUUGAACUUAAAGUACUAUUUAAUAAACGAGCAGGAGUGUUUUAUUAGGUUUAAAGCCACGAGCGCGCAGCGCGAGUGGCUUUAGACCUAAUAAAACACGACCUGCGAGUUUUUUAAAUGGCUUCAAAAACGUUUGCAUAAUAAGUCAAAUCUGAAUAUGAAAAAUCUUUAUAUAAAAAUCUUUAUAUAGUUUGCAUAACAAUGGUCUUUUGUUAAAGUGUUCUUUAGCUGGUAUAAAGACGUAUGCACGUGACUAAUUUCUUACUCAAGAUUGGAUAAUUGCUUCAUGAAUUAUUACUGAGUUUUUGAAGUUUAUGUAAAUCAGCAUGAUUUUGUAUCAGAUAUACAAACUCCUUCGUAGUCAUGAUUUCUCUUGUGUUUUCUUCACGAGUUAUUAAAAUGUUAAAAUUAAGUGUACGUUCUACAUCGUGCGUUAACGAUGUGAAAUAUAUUUGUUUUUGUUUAUUCUUGUUUUAUUCAAUGUCUAGCUUCCUACUGUUGCUGGCAAAGUUGUCAUUUCAGCCCAAGGGAAAGGAAUUGGUGUUUUGCAGGUACAGUGGGAAUUUAUUAAUCUGCACAUCUCUUUCAGAAGAGCCUGGAUAUAAAAAUACGAGGCGAAGCCGAGUAUCUUUAAGUCUGAUAAAACACGCACUGCGAGUGUUUUAAAUUGCUUCAAAAACGAUCGAUCUAGUAAGUUCAUUGGCAAAGUAAUUUUCAAAAAAUACGUUGUGUAAGUGGAGAAAAUCAAAGUUAAAGUUUAUGUAAAUCAAGGGAAAUCUCUAUCACAUAUAAAGAUACGACACGCUUAUGAUUUUUCUUUGUGUUUUCCUCAUGAAUUAUUAAUGAGUUUUGAUAUGUAUUUAUUUCAGAUUGGAGUGACGUAUAAUGUAAAGACGGCUCCCACUGAUAAUGCGUUUGAAGUCGUUGUCAAAGUAGGAAGCUCCGACAACAACAAAGUGGAAGCUCGCUCGUGUGUGAAAUAUACAGGAGAUGGUGAUAAUUCUGGAAUGGCGAUCCUGGAGUUUGGUUUGCCGUCUGGAUUUAGUUUGGACCAAGAAGAUGUGAAUAAGGUGAGAUUUGGGUAUCUUGAUUCAUCUUAAAAUCUAAUUCACUGCUUGCGUGGUCGCUCAUUUUUUCCACCCCUGACGAUAAGUGUCGCAAAUGUUUUGUCCAGGAUUGUAGCUAGCUGUGACCAUAUAUUAUAUUACUAGCUACCUAGCUGUGACCAUAUAUUAUACUCAGUACAUUUGUUUCGUUUUAGCUUCUGUCCGACGUGGGUAACAAAAUACAGAGGAUCGAGACCCCGGGAAGGAAAGCAGUUUUAUAUUUUGAUGAAGUAAGUUCGACAUUUUCGAUGAGCUUGUAUAGUUCGAGCUAAUUUCGAUGCGAGCAUGAAUAGUAACAGAUUGUCAUUUCUACAGGUGCCCAAGAGUAAUGAGUUAUGUGUGGAUAUUAAAUCCGUAAGAACUCACGCAGUCGGAAAAGCUCAGCCUAUCCCUGUUGUUGUUUACGAUUAUUAUAAACCAGGUACAGAAUAAACUAACUUUAAUGAAGUUUAAUAUAUUGAACUAAAUGGCAACUAAACCACAACUUAGCCAAACAACACACAACGGUCUAGAGGCUCUCGCUAACCUAAGUUGUUAUCAUCUUGUAACAAGGUUGAGGAGGCCAACAGACUCGCAACAAGUUGUUCCAACAAGUCUGAUAUCGUCUGCACGUAACAAGUUGUUAACAAGUUGAUGACAACAAGCUCGUAGCAACUUGUUACGAACAGCCUGUGUUAGUGUUGAUGGAACAACUUGUAGCAAGUCUGUUACCGUCACCAACCUUGUAACAAGGUGAUAACAACUUGUUCCAGACUUGUCACAACAACUGGGAACAAGCAGUGCGAACACAUCCUGAUAUCGGCUUCACAACAACCUUGUUACAAUUUGUUUGCAGAUCUCUAACAACUUGCGCCUUUUACGUGUGGAUAUGAUAUGAUAUGAUAUGAUAUGAUAUGAUAUGAUAUGAUAAGCUAUCUCAAAAGAUAUUUUAUAUUUUAGAAAAACGAGCAACAACGAUGUAUGCGACACAAGAUGACGUAUCUCUCUGUGACGUGUGUACAGACUGCGCGAACUGUGUGCCACGAACACGCGGGUCUGGUCACGCGACACGCGCGGUAUCCUUUUCCCAUGUUUUGGUGCUUAUUUUUACCCUGCUUUUGUACCACAUUUACUAAGCAACGAUAAUUUUUUGGCUGGUCCAAUAUACAACUGUAGAAACUGUUGUAGUCAGUACUAGUAAAUACACUGUAGCUGUACUGUAUAACGCUAUAGACGGAUAUGUUAUUUAGUCGAGAUGGUCUGUUUAAUGCAAAAGUUAGACAAUUUUAGGCUACGGCCUACGUUUACUCUAUACUGGAUAGUUUUCCGUAGCGGCGGGAAAAAGCGCCUAUCUGAUACGGAAUGUACAACUUUCAGGAGCUGAGCGAAGCAACAUCUCUCCGUUGCAAUAAUUCCUCUGAAAAUAGCGUUCCUAAAAGGUACAGAUAGAUGUUUUUUUACGUCGCUACGGAAAUCUAUCCGCUACAGUAUAAACGUAGCUUUAGGGUAUAUUUAGCCUUCACAAGUAUACGUAUCCAACGUAUCCAGUAAUAUAACAUCCAGUUAUUGAUACUAAUUCGGUCCCAGGACAAUGUGGACGAUCAUGGGCCGAAAUAUAUAGACUAUAAAUUGACCAGUAUAUGUAGAUAGCGUUUCCCUAGCGCUUUACAUUUAUAUAAUAAUUGGGAUCAUAUAUUUUACCCCGCAUGUUUCAAGUUUAAUUCGCUAGUGUGCACAAUAUUCAUUGACAGUAAUUCUUCGGUCAAGGAAAUGUAUUGAGGAAAAUCUGCUUGUUUGCGCGAUUAGAAUUGUAAAAUAGAUAAUAUAAUGGUAAAAACACGUAUAAAAUCAAUACAUUCAUAUAAUUCAAUUUAAAUGGUGAUAUGUUAGCGCGUUAUAUUUUGGCCAGGAGGCUACGGGCUUUUUGGUUCAAUGGAG